UUGGAGCCUCUGUGGGUAUUUGGAGGGGGCAGUUGGGCACUUCACAUCCCAGCAGCCUUGAGUCAGUGGGUGCUGAACCGAAGCCUCACCAGCAACCAGGGGCUUAGGCAUCCAGCUGGCAGGGACGGCGUGGCAGGCACAGCAGGGCAGCGAGCCUGCUAAGGAGAGCGCCAUGCAGCCCAACUGGAGGGAGAUCGUCAACAGGAAGCUGAAGUUCCCGCGGGGGCUGCUGAGCGCCAUCCAGGACGGGAACCUGCCCGUGGUGCAGCAGCUGCUGCAGGUGGGCGAUGGCAUCCUGCGGCAGCUGGACGAGACCGAGGACCGGGCAUGGCGGGAAGCCCUCAACCUGGCCAUCCGUGUGGGCGGGGAGGAAGUGGCCAAAGCCUUGCUGCGCUACGUCAAAUUCGACUUCCGCCAGGUCCACGAGGCUCUGCUGGUGGCUGUGGACACCAACCAGCCCCACGUGGUCAAGCUGCUGCUGGACCGGCUGAACCAGGAGAAGGGACUCAAGAUGGACCUCAAGUCCUUCUCGCUGGCCUUCUUCGACAACACCAUCGACGCCUCCCGCUUCGCGCCCGGCGUGACGCCGCUCACCCUGGCCUGCGAGAAGGACCUCUACGAGAUCGUGGACAUGCUGACGCAGAAAGGCCACACCAUCUCCCACCCCCACCGCGUCUCCUGUCCCUGCCUGGAGUGCACCAACGCCCGCCAGUACGACCUGCUCAAGUUCUCCCUCUCCCGCAUCAACACCUAUAAGGGCCUCGCCAGCCACGCCUACCUCUCGGUUGCCAGCGAGGAUGCCAUGCUUGCUGCCUUCAAGCUCAGUCACGAGCUCAAGCGCCUCUCUUGCAAGGAGCCCGAGUUCAAGCCCGAGUACCUGCGCCUGGAGCAGCUGAGCCAGGAGUUUGCCUUCGAGCUGCUGGGGAUGUGCCGCAACCAGAGCGAGGUGGCGGCCGUGCUCAAUGACCUGGGGGACAGCAGCGAGGAGGAGGAUCUGGGCAGCCAGGCCUUCGAGGAGGGCAUCCCCAACCUGGCCCGGCUCCGCCUGGCCGUCCAUUACGACCAGAAGAGGUUUGUCGCACACCCCAUCUGCCAGCAAGUGCUGUCAUCCAUCUGGUGCGGGAACCUGUCUGGCUGGCGUGGCAGCAACACCCUCUGGAAGCUCUUUGUCUCCUGCUCCAUCUUCCUUACCAUGCCCAUCCUGUGCCUGCUCUACUGGGUUGCUCCCAAGUCCCGGUUGGGCAAAAUGCUGAAGAUCCCAGUGAUCAAGUUCCUCCUGCACUCUGCCUCGUACCUCUGUUUCCUGGUCUUCCUGCUGCUGGAGUCCGUGGUGCUGGAGCGCAAGCACAAAGACUUCCUGGGCCGGAGCCAGACCUUGUGGGGCAACUCCUGGCACAUGAUCUGGGUGGCAGGCUUCUUCUGGUACGAGUGCAAGGAGGUGUGGAUCGAAGGGCUGCGCAGCUACCUGCUCGACUGGUGGAACUUCCUGGACAUCGUCACGCUCAGCAUGUACCUGGCCUCCUUCGUGCUGCGGGUGCUGGUCUCCGUGAUGGGCCGGUACCACUGCUGGGACGCCCCCUCCUCGCCCGAGUGCUACUACUUCACCAAAGCCGGUGAGCUCCCAUACUGCUGCUGCUGGGGCUCCAGCCUCUCCCCCUGGGGGACAUGCCACCCCCCGCCCUGUCCAGCAGGCCCCCUGGUCUGGGACGGCAGCUGCCUCCAGUCACUUCACUCUUGCCAACACAGAGGCCAGCGAGUACAAGCCAGGACAGUGCUUCCUGUGCAAGAACGGGCUGAGACCCAGCAAACUCAUUCCCAGGGGCAGUGA